AUGGACGCAGCGGCUGAGGAGCUCCGCGACGCAGCUCAGCCCCAAGGGCAGGAACGGAAACUAGAUCCUGGUCCUGUUGAUAAAUCUGUCCUUGUGGAACAGGAGUUUCACAAAUCAGAAGCUAUAUUUGUUGGGAAGAUCUACAAACCUGUUAGAUUUAUCGAACAUAGCACCAGGCUUAAUCAGUGGGAAGUGAGACAUGAGGGAAUGCUUGUGUUAUUGAAGCGUUCUGGGUUUUACCACCUAUCUUUCUUGAAGAGGGUCCAGUUAGACCACACUUUGUUAAAUGCACUGGUUGAAAGGUGGCGGCGUGAAAUACAGACAUUUCAUUUGAGGUUUGGAGAAAUUACAGUGCUCUUGAAGGAUGUGGCAAUUCUUACUGGACUCCGUGUACAUGGUGCUCCUGUCACUGGCCUGACAAACUGUAAUUGGGAGCAAUUGUGCAGACAGCUUCUGGGUCAAGAACCUCCACAGAUCAAAGGUGGUUCUAUCAACAUGGCAUGGCUGCAUGACACUUUCAAAACAUUACCAGAAAGCGCUAAUCAGGCAGAUGUAGAGUAUGCUGCAAGAGCCUAUAUACUGUACCAAAUCGGAUGCAGUUUAUUUCCUGAUCCAAGUGGAACUAGAGUGCACUUACGAUAUUUGGCCCUACUCCGUGAUUUCGAUGCCUCAGGAGAGAUGGCCUGGGGGGCUGCUGUUCUUGCCCACCUCUACAGAGAGCUUGGAAAAGCCAGCAUGAAGGGCAAAGCAAAUUGCUGUGCAUUUCUCACUCUUUUUCAGAUAUGGGCGUGGGAGCAUAUCCAGAUAGGCUGUCCUGAACGACUAGAGAAUAAGGCUCUACCCGAUGACCGACCCCUUGGAUGCAGGUGGAAUGUUGCCUUCAAGAGCCGUGAAAAUGCCCAAUCCAUGGACCAUGAGUUUUAUAGGCAUGGGCUAGAUACUAUAUCAGAUUGCCAGCACAUACCAGACCCAGUUGAGGUUGUUGAACGUGUUACAAUGCAGGGUAAAGCUGAUCAACAUUGGCCUACUUACCAUGAUAAGUACAUUAAGGAAUGGGAGAACAGGCUCAUCUCUGUUGUUAAGCACCAGGAAACAGGGACUUCAGAUCCUACUCAUGCAAGGAAUUGUUACCUAGAAUGGUAUUGGCGAAUUACACGUCGUUGGAUCUCCACUCCAGUUGAAUGUCCAAUCAUAUCCUAUCAGUUAUCUGGGCAUACUGAUAAAGUUCUGGUUGAUUUGGUAAAUACAGUGCAGGGACGAAUUAGAACCUUAUUACAAAGUGAAAUUGAUGCAAAAAGGAUGAAGCAAUCACUUAUUGACAUUGAUUUGUACAUCACUGUUAAAAUGGCGGAGGCUAAGCAGAUUAUGCAAAGUGGUGUUCCAACUGGAACAGGAAUUGGAAGUGCUAAAACAGCCACAAUCUCUCUAAAUAUUGUGGCUCCUACUCAAGCUACUGUUACUAAGAUGGAACAGGUUGGUGAUGAUCACGUCGAGGGAAACACUAUACUGAAGUUGGACGAAAUGAUGAGAAUUCAACCCACGGGAGGUACUCCUGAUUUAGCACUUCUCACAACAGGUGACACCACAAAUAACAAAACUGAAGAUUUGCAUCCUCGAGAAGACCCUCUUGAUUUAACCAUGACAGAAGUAAAUCUUCAGGACAUUAUUAGCACCCCUUUAGAGGAUGCUAUGAUUGAUAUUAUGAACACAUCCUCGGAGGAUGCUACACCAGAGGAUAUUUUAGAUUCAGAUGUGAAGGAUGGUUAUGCGUUCAUAGAGGCUGUGGAAGUGCAGGAGACUGUUGUAUCUAUGGACAGCAUUAAAAUACCCAAGAAGGUUACAGCUGAAUUGCAGGAGUGUGCUGGUGCACCUUUGAUUAAUGGUCAGGGAACAGUGUGCAAAACUUCAGUGCUUCCAGAAUUCUACAAGAUCUCGAGUGUAUCAUCACACAAUGAGCAAUUGCAGAAAAUCACUGGUGCAUCUGAGAAUGAUGUAGACACAAGAAUAGAGAAUGGUACAGGUGAGGGAACGAUCAGUCAACCCUUCAAUGCCAUCGGACCUGGAAAAACCUUGAAUACGUCUAUGAACAAAGAAUUAAGUUCAGUGCCAGGUGAUGUCGAACCUCCCUCUGGCUCUGAACAGGAAGAAUCUGCUGCUGUAGUUUCAGGGCGCAAUGAACUGCAAGAUGCUAUUCAGACAAAACCUGAGGACAGUGUCAUUCAGGGUGGAGUCAAUGCUGUGCAAAAUCAUAUGUUUCAAGAGAAUGGCAAGGACCCAAUUGAAAAUGGCCCUUCGAACCCUGCAGUUGUGCAGAAACCCAUUGCUAUACCUGCUGAAGAUUUGCUUAUCACUAGUGUUGGAGAGAGAACUCAGAGAAGUGUUAAUUCAUUCACUGGAGAAAAGAAUGAUACGAUUGUGCAGAAAAGAAUGAUACGAUUUGCUGGCGUUGAGGACCAUGACAAUCUAGGUCCAAAUGAAAUAACUAAAAAGAGAAAAUUGAUGGUUACUUCACAUGAAAAUCCUGAGAUCCGUUCAACCAUAGAGCCUAAUAAAAUGGGAACCGCAAAAACAGAGGAGAAAAGACAUCAGACUACUGCUUCAGUAUAUCUGGAUGUUCAGCUUCAUAUUGAAAGCAGACUGGGUGGAUGUUGGGUACUUGCUGAGACGCAGCUGACAGGAACCAAGAAUCGAAUAUGCAGUCUUCAAUAUAGAAAAACGUGGCGCUUUUCUACCGCUGCAGCCUGCUGUGCUGAGCUAUCCCUACAUAUUAUACCAGCCUCAGGGUCAGUAAGACAAGACCAAUCCCCCCAACAGCUCCAGAUUUAUCACGUGGAGGAGACACGGGACAGGAUCACAGAAAGGUGCUGUAGCAAGAUCAAGAGGCGCCACCAGCUAAUCAGCCACAAUGAUUCAUCUUGUGUCGGCCGCGGCUUCUUCUCCUGCAAUGACGCCGUUUUCGGCCGGGCACAAGGUCACAGGCGUCCGACGGUCCGAGUCGCGUCAUACGGACUCGUCGUGUUCGCUGCGGGUUUAGGGUGCCAGCUUGUCGUGAUCCUUUAUGCUUUCACUGAAACCCAGCCUGGUGAUUCCUCAGUCACCACUGACCACCGCGCCAUGUGA